AUGAAGUUUGAGGGAGCUAGGAGUGAGUGAGAGAACCAGGCUGCUGAUGACUCCACGGGAGGGGCCCUGGACAUGUGCUGUGGUGAGAGGCUGUCGGGUCUCCCCCAGCCGGUAGAGAUGGAAGCACCGGACGAGGCUGAAGGGCUCCCCAGCAAGCAGAAGGAGAUGCCACCACCCCCGCCACCCUCACCGCCCUCUGAGCCAGCUCAGAAGCUGCCACCUCAAGACUCCGGGAGCCACUCCCUCACUGUCAGAAGCAGCCUGUGCCUGUUCGCUGCCUCUCAGUUCCUGCUCGCCUGUGGGGUGCUCUGGCUCAGUGGCCAUGGCCACUCCUGGCUGCAGAAUACCACAGACCUCAUCUCCUCGCUCACCCUGUUGAACCAUCUGGAACCUGCGGCCUGGCUGGGUUCUGGGACCUGGGGGAUCCCAAGUCUGCUGCUAGUCUCUCUAACUGUGGGCCUGGUCGUCAUCACCACCCUGGUGUGGCACCUCCUCAAGGUACCCCCAGAGCCACCUGCCCCACUCCCCCCAGAGGACAGGCGCCAAUCCGUGAGCCGCCAGCCCUCCUUCACCUAUUCGGAGUGGAUGGAGGAGAAGGUAGAGGAUGACUUCCUGGACCUGGACGCGGUACCCGAGACCCCUGUGUUUGACUGUGUGAUGGACAUCAAGCCUGAGACUGAUCCCACCUCGUUGACUGUCAAGUCCAUGGGUCUGCAGGAGAGGAGGGGCUCCAAUGUCUCCCUGACCCUGGACAUGUGUACCCCUGGCUGCAAUGAGGAGGGCUUUGGCUACCUGGUGUCCCCCCGGGAGGAGUCAGCCCAUGAGUACCUGCUCAGUGCCUCCCGCAUCCUCCGGGCAGAGGAGCUGCACGAAAAGGCCCUGGAUCCAUUCUUGCUGCAGGCAGAGUUCUUUGAAAUCCCCAUGAACUUCGUGGAUCCAAAAGAGUAUGACAUCCCAGGACUGGUGCGGAAGAAUCGGUACAGAACCAUCCUCCCCAAUCCUCACAGCAGGGUGUGUCUGACUUCACCAGACCCUAAUGAUCCUCUGAGUUCCUACAUCAAUGCCAACUACAUCCGGGGCUACAGUGGGAAGGAGAAGGUGUACAUCGCCACACAGGGACCCAUCGUCAGCACUGUGGCCGACUUCUGGCGCAUGGUGUGGCAGGAGCACACACCCAUCAUUGUCAUGAUCACCAACAUCGAGGAGAUGAACGAGAAGUGCACGGAGUACUGGCCAGAAGAGCAGGUCGUCCAUGAUGGCGUGGAGAUCACUGUGCAGAAAGUCAUCCACACUGAGGACUAUCGGCUGCGACUCAUCUCCCUCAGGAGAGGGACUGAAGAGCGAGGCUUGAAGCAUUACUGGUUCACAUCCUGGCCGGACCAGAAGACUCCGGACCGAGCACCUCCCCUCCUGCACCUGGUACGGGAGGUGGAAGAGGCAGCCCAACAAGAGGGACCCCAUUGUUCCCCAAUCAUCGUUCACUGCAGUGCAGGGAUUGGGAGGACUGGCUGCUUCAUCGCCACCAGCAUCUGCUGCCAGCAGCUGCGACGUGAGGGCGUCGUGGACAUCCUAAAGACCACAUGCCAGCUCCGUCAGGACAGGGGUGGCAUGAUCCAGACAUGUGAACAGUACCAGUUUGUGCACCACGUCAUGAGCCUCUAUGAGAAGCAACUGUCCCACCAGUCCUCAGAGUGA